AUGGGAUUAGGUUCAUCAAAGUUUGAAAAAGAUUUGGUUAGUACUGAGAUACCAGAUACUGAGCGAUUCUAUGGUUUAAGAAAAUGUAUGUUAUUUUUAAGAUUAGUCUGGUCUGUCUGUCUGUCUUUUGGUAAUACAUGUUAUUGUAAUUCAGUACUACAAGCAUUAUACUAUUGUACACCAUUUAGAAACAGUGUAUUAAAGUAUUACUAUAGUAAUAAUCUUCAUAUAACUUCGACUCGUAGAUCGAUUGAAGAUAACCUAUUCUUGACACUUGCCGAUCUAUUUGUAAAUAUAACCACUCAGAAGAAACGUUCAGGUGUUAUUCCUCCAAAGAGAUUCGUAGAGAGAUUAAGAUAUGAAAAUGAGAUAUUCAGAGGACAUAUGCAUCAAGAUGCACAUGAAUUUUUGAAUGUAUUAUUGAAUAGCGUUGCAGAGUAUCUUCAGAAACAAGAGAAAGAAAAACAGAAACAUCAACAACAGCAUCAACAACAACAACAAAAUAGAUUAAUAAAUUCAAAUAGCAGUGGAAAUUUAAAUAAUCAAUACUAUACACAACAACAACAACCAUAUAAUAAUGUUAAUUUCAAUGGUAAUGCUAAUGUAAAUGGAUAUAAUAAUAAUAGUAAUAAUAGAAAUAAUUUAAAUAGUAGUAAUAAUAGUGUAAACAACAAUAAUAAUAAUAAUAGUGGUAUUAGUAAUAAUAACCAAUCGAAUAUAAAUAAUAGCAAUAAUAAUACAUAUACAAACAACAGUAGUAAACUAUCAUCGGCUUCCAACUCGACAUCCAACACCAAUACACACAAUCGAACUGAUAGCACUACCAGUGAGAGUGUAAGUGUUGCCGAGUCGGUAACAACCACCUCCAACAUCAACAACACCGCCACAACCAAUGUCAAUAGUAGUAGCAACAAUAGUUAUAGUAAUCAUAAUAAUAAUAAUAAUCAAUCGACAGAUCAUAUUAAAACAUUUAUACAUGAUAUAUUCGAAGGUAUCUUGACGAAUGAAACCAAGUGUUUGACAUGUGAAUCCAUUACGAAUAAGGAUGAAUCAUUUUUAGAUCUGAGUAUUGAUAUCGAUCAGAAUACUUCGAUCACCAGUUGUCUCUCAAAUUUCAGUUCGGUCGAGAUCCUCUCAAAGAACGAUAAGUUCUACUGUGACAAGUGUAUCUCAUUGCAAGAGGCACAGAAGCGUAUGAAAAUAAAGAAGCUACCGAACACCCUCAUCAUUCAUCUCAAACGUUUCAAAUUCAUCGAACAGAUACAGCAAUACAAGAAAUUAAACUAUAGAGUUGUAUUUCCAUUUGAAAUAAUCAUUCAAAACACUGUAAGUGAUAUAGAAGAACCAGACAAGAAAUACCAUUUGUUUGCUGUUGUUAUUCAUGCUGGAAACGGACCGAAUCACGGCCAUUACACAAGUAUGGUAAAGAGUAAUGGUUAUUGGAUUGGUUUCGAUGAUGAAAAUAUGGGUAUUAUACCAGAGAGUGAUAUAUUUGAUAUAUUCGGAUCGUCAAGUGAGUACUUUGGUAGAAAUGAAUGUGGAUAUCUCUUGUUCUAUCAAUCGGAAUCAGCGAUGAACGAAACACAAUUCAAACCACCACAACCAAACUCAUCGUAUAUACCUACCACCUCUACCUUUACUAACUUUUUCUAUGGUGGUACUGAAAGUCAAAGCUAG